AUGUCGUCCGCCGUAUUAAGUACCGCUGCCUUGAUUAAGGCAGAAGGCGGGUUCUCGCCGCCAUGCAUCGAUUUAUAUGCCUGGUAUAAUUGCGCCAAUACACCGGCCACCCCCGGACAGGACAUAGAGGUUCCCGACUUAACGGAAUACCUGUUAACGUCUAUCGUUGAAAGCACAUCUGAACCAACGGCACAAAUAUCCGGCUUAAUACGCCCGUCAGCCGCCGGCCCGCAGCUGCUGCUUGGCGCCAACGCAUCCUGGGCAGUGACAUUGCUAACCAAAAGUGAAAGAAAAAAUAUUAUUGGUUUCUUUGGCGAUGCAAUGCAAUCAAUUUACGAAGAUGGUAUUGGAAAUUUAGAUGAAUAUAAAGGAGAUGGUGUAGAUACUGUAAAUGAAAUUCCCAAAAAACAGAAUAGAAGAAACCCUCAACUG